AGACACCCGUCUUGAGAUUCAGUAGUGGAACAUACUGUACAGGGAACGUGCAGGGAGGUUUCAGCAUGUAUUGUCACGUAACUCGGCCUGAUUCAGUCGUUAUGGAGGUGGAGAUUGAUCCCAAAGCAAAUGGAGAGGACUGUCUCAAUAAAGUGUGUGAGAGACUAGGAAUCAUUGAGGUGGACUAUUUUGGACUGCAGUUCACUGGAAGUAAGGGGGAGAGCCUUUGGUUAAAUCUAAGAAACCGAAUCUCUCAGCAAGUGGACAACAUAUCCCUGUGCAGACUGAAGCUGCGUGUGAAGUUCUUUGUAGAGCCACACCUCAUACUGCAAGAGCAGACGAGGCAUUUGUUCCUGAUGCAUGUGAAGGAGGACCUUGUGCGAGGAAGCCUGAGGUUGGACCCGGAGCAGGUGGUGGAAUUUUGUGCCCUUUUGUCCCAGGCAGAAUUUGGCGAUUACAAUCGGAACACAGCCAAGUAUUUCUAUACACAGAUCUGUGGACAGGAAUCAGACCCGAGCACCACGAACAGCAUCAUUGCGAGGCACAAAGAGCUCCGUGGCACAAGUCAGGCUUCGGCGGAGUACCAAGCCCUGCAGUUAGUGUCAUCUCUGGAGAACUACGGCAUGGAGUGGCACUGGGCACGGGAUGAUGAGGGGUAUAAAGUGGGCAUUGGGGUGGGACGUGAGGGGCUGUUCAUCUGCAAACAGGACUUCACACCUGUUAACAGAUUUAUAUAUUCAGCCAUUCAGAUGGCCACACAGUCUGGGAAGCAUGUGUAUGUGACCAUCUCCAAGGACAGUGGAGAAAACCUUAUACUCCUGUUUAAAUUCAUCAGCACUAAUGCUGCUAGUGGACUUUACCGGGCCAUUACUGAGAUCCACGCCUUCUACAGGUGCGACACAGUGACCAGCACCGUGAUGAUGCAGUACAGUCGUGAUUUUAAGGCUCACCUGGCAUCCCUCUUCCUCAAUGAAAGCGUUGAUGUGGGGAAGAAGUAUAUCUUUGAUGUCCAGCGCACAUCCAAGGAGGCGUAUGACCGAGCUCGACGCACCCUGUUCAAGUCCUCCGCUCUUUCUCCAGUCAGGCAGAUGUCUACAGAGGAAGAGGAAGGCUCUUGUGAGGGCUGCAGGGAGACUUAUGCGCUACGGGUCAAACUCCAGAGACUACAGGAGGCUCUGACUUGUGCGCUGUGCUGUGACAGGGAGAUCAAUACAGCCUUCCGCCCUUGUGGUCACAUGGUCUGCUGUCAACGCUGUGCUGACCAGCUUCAGUGCUGUCCAGUGUGUCGUUCGGAGAUUGACUGUGUUCAGCAUGUCUACUUGUCUACUUGUGCCAGUCUGCUGAACCAUGUGGACAGGUGAGCAGUGGACACAGAGAUAUGCCAGAGGGUUAGAGAAGCAAUGGCAAGACCAGUACACUCAUCGAUCAAGCAUUCUUCGUCUCAGCCAGUGCAGACUGUUAAGCCUGAAACACAUGUUAGUGAUCUGUGGAGACAUGUUGCUGCUCAUAUCUGUGAUAUGAGAAAUUAAACACCAUCUCACUGUCA